ACUAGGAAGUGAUAGUGAGAAUGAUAUGUAACGGAAAGAUGUUAACUGGAGUUUAGUAACAUUAACUUUCCUUUGUUUGGAGCCUGUUUGGACCCCGUGACGGUCAGGGAGUACAGUUAACUAGACCAACGAUAGCUACACUGAACAGAAAAUGCAGUCAGCACGAAAACGUCGAGGCAACGAUUCGCAGAGGGAGACACAAACUAGCACUCCUGGUGGUUUGAAGGAAUAUGUACCACAGCAAAAAAGGCAGCACUUCCACUUUGACCUAUGGUUCUGCCUGACUCUGCAGAAUUGGAUACUGGACUUUGGAAGGCCUAUUGUCAUGAUUAUCCUUCCUUUGGAGUGGUUUCCCCUGAACAAGCCCAGUGCUGGGGACUAUUUCCACAUGGCCUACAACGUCAUAACGCCAUUUCUAAUGCUCAAGCUGAUUGAGCGCAGUCCCAAGGCGCUGCCUCGCUCAGCUGUCUACCUCUGCAUCAUCACGUUCGUCAUGGGAGCCAGCAUCCACCUGGUGGGAGACUCCAUCAACCAUCGGCUCAUCCUGAGUGGCUACCAGCUCCACCUGUCAGUGAGAGAGAAUCCAAUCAUCAGAGACCUCAAACCUGCCUCACUGAUUGACUCCUUUGAGCUGCUGUAUUUUUAUGAUGAACAGCUGGGACACUUGAUGUGGUAUAUUCCCUUCUUCAUCAUCCUGUUCAUCUAUUUCACCGGCUGCUUCACCAAGGCCAAGGAGCAGAAGAAGAUUCCCGUCUCUGGUUGGCUGUUGCUGGGACCCAGUGCCCUCUACUAUUGGUACCUCGUCACUGAAGGACAAAUCACUGAACUUUUCCUCCUCACCUUCCUUGCCAUGGUUGUCAUGAUGAUACAUCAACAGCGUAAAGGCUUCAGCCCGGACAGCAAUGGCCUGUUCCUAUUCUGUAGUUUCAGUGUUACUAUUUUUCUGGUGGCGCUUUGGGUUGGCUAUCUGUGGAACGACCCGGUGCUACGCAACAAGUACCCCGGACUCAUUUAUGUGCCAGAACCUUGGUCCUACUACACUUUACAUAUCAAGGAAAACCACUGAUUUACAGCUGUCCAGCAGGUUUCCUGCAACAGAGUCAAUGGCUGUACUCGACCGAUGAAGGUUGUUGAUGUGCACCAUAUCACUGUAAACAAAAGGUUCUUCAGCCUCAGCCAUGUAUUCAGAAGGGAAUUUGUCUUCUGUUUUUUUCUAUAUUGAUACACAACCUUGGUUAGAAUUGUGAUGUUGAUCUGAAUUUGCACAUGCAAUCAGAGCUGUAAAAACGUGAUCUUGUGGCAUCUGGCACUAUGGUAGAUAUCCUACAUUAGUCCAGCACUGACAGACUUCAGGUAAGCAGGAAUGACUGAGCUCUUUAAUUAGUCUUUGGGGUGGGAAGGGUUGUAUUACAUUUAUCCCGUUUUAGUUUUAUGAACCCUCUUGCUCAUUAUCUGAGACAGAAAGGUGAGCGAGCAUGUUCUUUAAUAAUUAUCUACCUUAAUUAGCCUUAAUGGGACCGGCCAACCCACUUUGUCAUACAGUUUGCUAGAUUUUUUGUCGGAUGGUGAGAACAGUUGACACUGGUCUGUGUUUUCACAUGGCAUGAUUACAGAUUUGCAAAGAGACCAAAAGGAGAAAAACAGUCCCAACAGUCCCCUGUUUUUUAGCCUGCUCCACACAAAUUGCCCAACCCUUGUUACCCAGAAACCAACCAGUAAUACAAGCGUACCCCAGGUUUACUGUAUGCCAGUUAGUUUUGCAAUAACUAGAUUUAACAUGAUAAGGAUAUGCACUGAUACGCACUGUCUUUUACCCUGAACAACCUUGGUUCUUUGAGUCCUUUUGGCCCCCUUGCAACUUUGGUAAUUACAAGGUUAUGAAUGAACAAACUCAAGGUGAAUAUCUGAACAGUACAUCAACUGAAAAAGUAGAAAACAAAUUAACCAUUUCCAUCUGACGGACUUCUUCUGGGUAUUGAAGGCCAAAGCUGAUGGACAAAUAAAAACACAUUUGCACUUUGUAUUUCAAACAGCCAGAAAGUAGUAAAACAACAAUUUAGAUUAUAAAAACGAAACAAUCAACUAAAGUUUUGUAAAACAACAACAUAAAAAAGCCAAAUAUAAUAAUAUAAAGCCAAAAGAUCAACAAGCUCAACAUAGAUAAGUCUGAUGGUGAAAUUCUGCAGUAUUACUGUCCGUAAACAACAGGGUCUGUUUGUAAAUCAGAAAGAAAAGUGAAUAAAAAAGUGAUUUAAAAAUGAAAUACUAAAUAGAAAAUAGUUUCAAAGCUAUAAGUUAAAAAAGAAGACCUCUCAGGCAGUUAAUGUUUCACACGUUAGAUAUGCAAAUAUGUUACCAUUUAUUUAUACAAGAGCUAUUCAUCGAGCCCUUUUGCCAGCAUGCACUCCUUGACAACACAUUGUUCUUUAUUGCAUUUUUUUUUUUACACAUUGCAGUGUUCACAAUGAAAAUAAGUCUAUUGUUCCAAUGCUUUUAUAUUAUUCAAAGGCAACGGAAGCAUGAGCAGGUUGACAAACAAAUGAAAAAACCUUUUUUUUUGAAAGACGAUUUUACUGAUUGUUACUUUGCUGUUUUUCUUUCCAUGUUCUCAUUGUAAAUUGAUCACUGUUGUUAAUGUAAGUUAUGUUCUAUGUUCUUAAUAGUGUUUCUUUGCUUCGGAUCACUUUGUUGCUGAUAAAUUAAUGUAUAAUUACUGGUUCCACACUGUUUAAAUUUUAAAUAUGUUUUUAUACUAAUAAAAAUGUUCAAAUUGA